UUUUCUAAAAGAAAGUUGUGCGUGUUUGAGCUCCCGUAAAAUAUUUAAAUAUUUGGCAAAUAAAGGCUUUAAACAAUACAAAAAAAUAUUAAUAAAGUUACUAAACAAGUUCAGCUAUAUCGUAUUCAACAAAUUAUAUUCAAGAACUAAAUACAAUACAGCAAAUAUUUAACCAAGUGAACCCAUUCCAUUGCUAAGCACGACUCAAACCAGUUUUCUUCAACCAAAAGUGACUCCCAAUUUCAUUGGUUCAAACAAAGCGCAUACGUCAGCAAGUGCAGUCGUGUUCUCUAAUAAGUGCAUCAAAAUAUAUAAAUAUAUCAACAAUUAAUAACUAAAAAAUCAAUUUACAUAUUGAUUAACUUAAUCGAACCUGAAACAUCAAUUAAAAUCAUGGAAUUUGUGUUAAAAAAAGCAACUUAAAAAUUCAUAUGAAAGAGGUCAGAACAAUGGGCACAAAGGGUGCUCCGCUGGCCAAAGCAGCGCAGCGACUGCAGCAAAGACUUGAUAGUGUUGGUGUGCAUUUGUCAGUGCGUGGUCUAAACAGCAGCAGAGCUGCUGCAGCGCAGUCGGCGUCGAAAUUUUUCUCUACAUGAGAACUGCACUCGGUACGAAUGCAAUUUGAGUGUACAAAGAAAACGAGUCUUUCUUCGUUUGGAAAACCAUCAAUGAAGGUCAUGGCUGACCUCACUAAGACUCGACUUCGUUGUGAAACUUUACGAAAUCAAUGGGAGCUGCGAUCAAUAGACUUGGAAACCGAUUUAUCAGAAUGUCCGACGGCAGUAUUGACUGAUUGUGAACUGGAUGUGAAAGUGAGCUGAGGCUGGCAGGAUUUGCACCCAAAUAUCAGACUGCCUACGCAUGCGAAGGUAAGAAACUCACCAUCGAGUGUGAUCCCGGUGACAUCAUCAAUCUGAUACGAGCCAACUAUGGACGCUUCUCAAUCACCAUUUGUAAUGAUCACGGCAACGUGGAAUGGAGCGUUAAUUGCAUGUUUCCAAAGAGUCUCACCGUGCUGAAUUCCAGAUGUGCUCAUAAGCAGAGCUGUAGUGUUCUGGCGGCCACCAGCAUGUUCGGUGAUCCCUGUCCAGGCACACACAAGUACUUAGAGGCGCAUUAUCAAUGCAUCUCGGCGGCACAGACAUCCACGACCACCAAUCGGCCCAGUCCUCCGCCCUGGGUGCUUAACAAUGGGCCACCCAUCUUCGGCAAUGGCAGCGGUCUCAUACAGCCACCAGCACCGCCCCCGCGUCUGCCCACUCUGCCGGGCGUUGUGGGCAUUCAUGGUAUUAAUGCCAUGCAGCCCACGCAUGCCACGCCUAGCAGCAGUACAGCUGCGCUGCCUGGUGGACGGCUUAAGGGAGUUACGAGCACCACAACCAAGCAUCCUGGUGGUCGGCACGAUGGAUUGCCGCCACCACCACAGUUGCAUCAUCAUCAUCAUCACACAGAGGAGACAACACCCACCAAGCCCAGCAGCAGUGGCAGUUCGAGCAAUGUGACAGCUCCCACGAACACACGCAUUCUCACAGGCGUUGGUGGCUCAGGCACCGAUGAUGGCACGCUAUUGACCACCAAGAGUUCGCCCAAUCGCACGCCAGGCACUGCAGCCAGUGCGACGAAUGGCAGCCUCAAUUUGGGUGCCGGUGGCAGUGGCAGCGUUGUGCGCAACAUAAAUAACAUUAAUCUGAAUGCAGCCGGCAUGGCGGGCACCGACGACGAGUCCAAGUUGUUUUGCGGUCCAACGCAUGCGCGAAAUCUUUUCUGGAACAUCACGAGAGUGGGUGAUGUCAAUGUGCAGCCUUGUCCUGGCGGUGCUGCUGGCAUUGCUAAGUGGCGCUGUGUGCUAAUGAAGCGACUGCCCGAUGCGGGCUACGAUGAGUAUGAUGAUGAUGUGCCUGUUGUUAGCAGUACAACCUCCUUGCCCCCAAAUGCUGGUGUCGAUUGCGUGCAGAACAGCAGCAAUUGUGAUCCACCUGUGAGCAUGGCGCACAAGGUGAAUCAGAAUCAACGACUGCGUAACUUUGAACCCACCUGGCAUCCCAUGACACCGGAUUUGACGCAAUGCCGCAGUCUCUGGCUAAAUAGCCUAGAAAUGCGCGUCAAUCAACGCGACUCCUCAUUGAUUUCGAUUGCCAACGAUCUGUCUGAGGUAACCAGCAGUAAGACGUUAUAUGGCGGCGAUAUGUUGGUCACCACAAAGAUCAUACAAACCAUGUCGGAGAAGAUGUUCCACGACAAGGAAACAUUCCCAGAUCAGCGACAACGCGAGGCAAUCAUCAUGGAGUUGCUGCAUGGCGUUGUUAAAACUGGCUCCAAUUUACUAGACGAAUCACAGCUCUCUUCGUGGCUGGAUCUCAAUCAAGAGGAUCAAAUGCGUGUCGCUACCUCGUUACUAACUGGACUCGAAUACAACGCUUUCCUCUUAGCCGACACAAUCAUUCGUGAGCGCAAUGUGGUGCAAAAGGUUAAGAAUAUAUUACUCUCUGUGCGUGUCUUGGAAACAAAAACGAUACAAGGCAACGUGGUUUUUCCGGACUCUGACCAGUGGCCUCUCAGCUCGGAUCGCAUUGAGUUGCCGCGCACAGCGCUCAUCGAGAACAGCGAAGGCGGUUUAGUGCGCAUUGUAUUUGCUGCCUUCGAUCGACUUGAAUCAAUAUUAAAACCCAGUUAUGAUCACUUUGACUUAAAAAGUGCACGCAGUUAUGUGCGCAACACAGCAAUUUUGUCAAAUGACAGCGAUGCAACUGGUGGCGAAAUGCAGCAGCGCAUUCGCAUACUCAACAGCAAGGUGAUCUCGGCCAGUCUGGGCAAAGGUCGUCACAUUCAGCUGUCGCAACCCAUCACACUUGUGCUGAAGCACUUGAAAACCGAGAAUGUUAGCAAUCCCACCUGCGUUUUUUGGAACUACAUUGACCAUGCUUGGUCUGCCAAUGGCUGCAGCCUGGAGUCGACGAAUCGCACGCACAGCGUCUGCAGUUGCAAUCAUUUGACCAAUUUUGCCAUCCUCAUGGACGUGGUCGAUGAGCAUCAGCAUUCGCUUUUUACUAUGUUUGAUGGCAACAUGCGCAUUUUUAUCUACAUCAGCGUGGCAAUUUGUGUGAUUUUCAUCAUCAUUGCGCUGCUCACUCUAAAGCUCUUCAAUGGCGUCUUCGUUAAGUCUGCACGCACCUCGAUUUAUAGCAGCAUUUACAUUUGCCUGCUGGCCAUUGAGCUGCUCUUUCUGCUGGGAAUCGAACAGACCGAAACAAGCAUAUUUUGUGGGUUUAUUACCGUCUUUCUCCACUGUGCCAUUCUCUCUGGCACCGCCUGGUUCUGCUAUGAAGCUUUCCACUCGUACUCGACCCUCACAUCGGAUGAGCUGUUACUGGAGGUGGAUCAGACGCCCAAAGUGAACUGCUAUUAUCUAUUGUCCUACGGCCUCUCACUCAGUGUGGUGGCGAUUUCGUUGGUCAUCAAUCCCAGCACGUAUACGCAAAACGAUUACUGUGUCCUCAUGGAAGCCAACGCUCUGUUCUAUGCCACCUUUGUGGCACCUAUUUUACUCUUCUUUGUGGCGGCUAUAAGUUACACCUUCUUAUCGUGGAUCAUCAUGCGGCGCAAGAGUCGCACUGCCCUGAAGACCAAGGAGCACACACGGUUGGCCAAUGUUCGCUUUGACAUACGUUGUUCCUUUGUGUUCCUGCUGCUACUGAGUGCCGUCUGGGUCUGUGCCUAUUUCUAUUUGCGUGGCGCCAAACUCGACGAGGAUGUGGCCGGUAUAUAUGGCUACUGCUUCGUAUGCUUCAACACGCUGCUGGGUCUCUACAUCUUUGUGUUCCAUUGCAUACAGAACGAGAAGAUACGUCGCGAAUACCGCAAGUAUGUGCGUCAGCAUGCCUGGCUGCCAAAGUGCUUGCGCUGCUCCAAGACUUCGAUUUCGUCGGGCAUUGUGACAGGCAAUGGUGGUCCUGGUAUUGGCGGCACUGCUGCAAACUCCGCAGGUACGCUAUCCAAGUCGAAAUCUAAGUUGCCGCUGGGUACAAAUGAUGAGGGUCGCGACGACCAAGAGCAGCAGCAACAACACGAACUGCCAGCCACCGAGGAUGCCAUUAUAAUGGGCGCCAACUCUGACUGUGAAUUGAAUGAGGCGCAGCAACGGAGAACGCUCAAGAGCGGGCUCUUAACGGGCAGCUUGCAACCAGCUCCCGUUGGUUCUGUUGUCCUUGAGAGGGGAACUCUUCGCUCAGCUGGCAUUGCCAGCGUUGGUCAUGCCUCACCCACCAGCUCAGCUGGCUCCACGCAUCUCAUCUUUGCACAUAAGCAACAACAACAGCAGAUGCAACAACAACCAGGCGAAGCAUACUAUCAUCAACCGGAUUAUUAUAGCUGGAAACAGGCGCCACAGUCGCAGCGGGAAUACUACAACAAUGCAGGCGGCACAAUGGGUACAGGCGUCGGUGGAGGAGUCGGAGGCGCAUCACCGCAGCAAGCGCAUGAAGUAUUUUAUUGGACACAAAAGCACAACAAUCAGCAUGGCAAGAAGAAACGUGGUGGAGGUGGUGCUGUGCCCGCUUCACCUAGUGGAUCGUUGCAUAGCCGCGCUACAGCCGCGUCGCAAGUGUUGCUCUACCCAUCGUAUAAGAAGACCAGCGGCAUGAAGCAAACACCACCAGGACAGCAAGCCUAUCCACAUUAUGCCGAGGCAUUGGAUCCGCCCAAUGCUGCCUACUAUCAGCAACAACUGCAGCAGCAGCAACAACUGCGCCAGCAACGUCAGCAGCAGCAGCAGCAACAACAGUUGUCCUCGGAUGAGGAGCAGGCUGAACAGCAUGCGCAUCUGUUGCACUUGCAGCAUCAGCAGCGACGCGCUGGCGGACAACAGUUGCCAGCACCGCCGCCACAUAUGGCGCAGUAUCAGCAGGAGUUGAUGGCGCAGCAACAGCGCCAGCAGCAGUAUAGAAAUAAGCAUUCCAACUGUGAUCUUAGCCAGCAGAACAUGGGCUUAGGCAUGACCAUGGGCAUGGGCAUGGGCGAUGCCUACUACAAUCAAGGCGGCGAUGGAGGGCCCGUUUACGAGGAGAUCUUGAGUAAUCGCAACUCGGAUGCCCAACACUACGAAGUGGGUGACUUCGAUGUGGAUGAGGUGUACAACAACAGCGUUGGCACGGGCGUCUUUAACAAUAUGCGCGCCGCUGUUGUUGCCGGUGGCAGUCGCUAUGGUGGCAGCCUCAGUGGUGGCAGCGUUUCCUCCAGAAAUAAACAACAACAGCACCAACAACAUCUGCAGCAGCAGCAACAAAAGCAACCAGCACGUCGCUGUGCCGCCGAUGAUGAUGAUGACGACGAUGAUGAUGAGUACGAUGAUGAGGUGACGGCAGCGGAUCAACUGCACGACAGCGUCUGUGAUGAUGAGGAUAAUGAGAGCGAUCUCGAUGAUGAUACGCAUGGACUGCCGCCCCAAAGUGAUGAGCGCAUGCGUCGCCUAAUGGCGCUCCAGGAUGAGGAUUUUAAGCGGCGGUUUCAGCGCCAACAACGCAAGAAUGGCAUGCCCAUAGAUUAUGGGGCGUCAUCGCAGUCCGCUGCAGCAGCCCAUCAGGAGCACAAUAAUGCGGUUUUUGGGGUUAGCGGCGGCGUUGGUGAGGGCUCCAUGCGUGGCGCAUACCGGCAACAACAGCAGCAGCAGCUGAAUGCCAAGUCACCGAGCGCACGCUUGGCGGUAAAUGAGCUAUUUGGUCACGGUAAUGCCGGACCGCCGCUGCCACCGGCCAAUCAGCAGACGCCAGCACAAAAGCGUCAGCAGCUUCAAAAAUUAUCACCACAGUCCACAACAUCAUCGUCGUCGCACACAUCGCACAGUAAUCCGCAACACGCUCCUCCUGCACACCACCUUCAGAGCCAGCAUCAUCCACAUCAUCAACAGCAGCCGGCACGCCACUUAUCGGCCAUGCUGGAUGAGAAUAAUACGGUUCGCUGCUACCUAGAGCCGUUGGCCAAGUAAGACAAAAACUGAAUAGAAUGAUGGAUGGAUGCAUGGCAGGAAGGCAGAGAGCCGAUUGUCGUCUUAGGCAAAAAUUGUAGCUUAGGUUUAGCUAUAACCUCUAGUAUUAGUCAUUAGUCGAAAUAUGGAGCAUUGUGUGAAACAACAUGCUGUCAUGUCAUGCUAUACGUGCAGUGAUUCGAGAAUCCCAAAACUUUAUAUAUGUAUAUGUAACUCAAUUAGACCAUAGGCUAAAAACCAACAAACCAACCAACCAAGGCAACCAAUGCGGAGCAAGCUAAACACAAUAUGCAAAUGGAAUGGAUAUUGAUAUUCAAAUUGAUAAUGGUAUUGAUAUUGAUAUUGAUAUUGUCGAAGCUCUCAAUUUAUACCAACCCAAGCAACUCGAUAUAUAUAAAUGUAUGUACUGUAUGUAUAUGAAUAAUGUAAUACUAAUACUAUGUAAUGUAUAACGUAUGUGAAGCGCAUACAUGUCACCCACAUGCCAUUUUUAAGUAGUUUACCAAUAACUAUGCAUAAAUUAUAAGAUCUGAGAACUGUAUGUAAAUGAUAUAUAUAUAUAUUAUAUUUAGAGCGAGGAGCAUAUUAUAUAUUUUAUAUAAUUUAUAAGGCGACUAUUGUUUAUUUAAUGAUGCUUUCUCUACACCGAUUAAGAACUUAAGCUUGAGAUUUGUUUCGAAUAGCAUGAAACCAAAACCUUUAUCCCAAUACAAUGCUUUUGCAAAGUGCUGUAAAUGAAGCCAAGAUGUGAAGGCUCUUCAGCCAGCCUUGUCCCAAGAUUACGAAACAAAUCUUAUACGCAUUGUUUUUUAUUUUUUAUUUCCUGAUUGCAUUUGUAUGCCAUUUGUUAUUGCAUUUCUUUUGAACGACCGUACUUUAAGAGAACCAGCAAAGCAUUUCAAGUGUACAUUUUCAAGAAUAUGCUUUAAGCACAGAUAACGUAUAUAGGACAUUUAUUUUGUACUUUAUUUUUUUGAAAUAAAGAGCAUUAGAAGAUCGCUUUAUUAUAUGUACGAGACAAACAAAUGUUAUUGCUAUAUAUAAAUGUCUUUAGAAAUACUUCUUAGCAUCAACAGACAUGCUAAAUAUUUCCUCUCCAAAAUGGAAGGAAAUCCGUAACAGUAACAUAUACCUACUUAUAUAGCAAAAGAAAAAAGAUUUCAACCAAACCUCACUUGUUAACUAGGAACUAACUGUAAAACUCUUUAAACUAGCUAACACAAACAAAACUGAACUAUCGAGAGACACCUUUAAUUCCCUAAAUAGCUCUAGAGAAUUUCCACGCAAGUGUACAAAACCAAAUAAAGACAACUAAAAUUAAAGUGCAAAAACAUAGUAACAUUAAAUAUUUCGUAUCUACCAUGCGAAAGUAAUCGUUAACUAACUAUGAACUGCCUGCACAGCUCAUCCACCCGCAGUCCCCGAUCCAACUCCCUCUGCAUGAACACAAAUUAUAAUUAAUAGUUUAACAAAUGCCUAUUUCAAAAGCCAAUUAGAACACAGCAAAUGAGAAACAAAACUAAUUAUGAGCACCAAUACACCGAAAAUUACUUCUAAAUCACAAGCUGCUCCUAAUUUUUAUAAAAUGAAACCAAGCGAAACACAACAAAAAAAAAAGAAAAGAAAAACGUAAAUUUACUAACAGCAUUAAAUUUAAAUAAUAGGUGUAAAUGAAUGAAUUGCAAAAUGGAAUAGGGCGGUAGAGCAUUACUGCAGUUAGGGCAAAUCACAUGGUAAAGCUAAAUGAAGAGAAACUAAAUAAAAGAAUCUAUAUAAAAACUGAAAUAUUGAAUGUAUAGUGUUGCGCCUCCUAGUACUUUACAUACAUAUAUUGAACAAGAAAAUAUAUAUAGCUGAUAUAAGUAUAUAUGUAAAUGUAUAUUUAUGAUUAUAAUGCGAAAGCAAAGCAAAUGCCGAUAUCUACAAAA